AACUAGUCCAAGAAAUCAUCCAUCUCCUACUCUUCUCCGCCCCACCACGCUCCUCAACUCCAGAAGGACUCGGCCAUUCAAUUAAACCCAGAUGGGGCACGAUCAAUGCCCUCAGCCUCACUUCACAAAGCUAUCGCGCCCUAGUGCUCGAAGCGUGGUUUCGCACUCUCUACAUCGAAUCGCCAGGGGAUCUUAUCUUUUUACGGGACUCGGGCUGGUUUCCUGAACUGGGGAGUAAAUGGACGAGACACCUCCACUGCGUCCGAUCAUCCAGUGACGCUUGGAACCUUUCCGCCUUCCUCCAACUUUCCUCCAUUAGACUGGACUGGCUCCCGCCGCACGCUAACUUGGACACGCUACCCUUUUUACACGUCUCCUCCACGGUUGAACACUUUGACUUGCGUGGAAGGUGGUGGCCUAAGCCUGAGGCGGUUCAAACUAUCACUAAUACCCCAGGCUUUGGGUGUCUGAAGACAUUGAAGAUGGUGCUAGAUGUGGUGUGGUGUGGAAUCUGCCACACGUGCCAUUUGGUCCGGCUCAAAGACAGGCCGACGGGGGUGGUAUAUGAGGGGGGUUUGGGGUUGCCUUUCGACUAUGCGCGUGUUCUAGCGCCACUUGAAUACCUCGAAGAGGUUGUGAUUAUUACACCCAACCCCUCCAACACAAACGUAAACCCGAACUUAUGGUCGGGUGAAUGCAAUAUCUGCGUGCGGGUGGCGUACAAAGAGGAUGCGUUCCGCGAGGAGUGGGUGGCUAGGAAGAGACGCGUCGGUCUGGCGUACGGUGAUGGUGAUAGCGAUGAUGGUGAGAAAGAUCCGAGGCCACCAAGGUUGAGGAGGGUGGAGUAUCGGUUCUCUACAGGGUAUCUUUGAGCACUAAUACAGGUCAAUCACGAUGUAAUCCG